GCCUCGCGCCAGUGCCAAUUUUUUUCAGUGCCGACCCUGAGAAGGCUGCAGAGAUGAGUGCCAGCCUCACACAGGAGCGUGAGCUGCGCAUGUCCCUGGCUGCCUGGGGUCAGUUCUUUCUCGCGCGAGCCAUCAACAGAGACCGUGCAGCCACCGAGACAGCAGCAGCGUUCCUGGAUGAUACAGUUGAGGACUACUUGCGCUGGGAAUGGCCUUCGGCACCGCACAGAAAGCUCGUCCGCCUGCUUCACUCGGCAGAGCCGGAGGGCAGCCGAGAGCGAUGCUGGAACUGGCGGGAUGCCGAGGGUCCUUUUCUGAAGGAGACUCUCGAGGCGAGAGGCUCCAGCUACAACGGUUACCCCGUGAGCCCAAAUUACGUGGGUGCCUACAGCUUGGAUGGUCUGGCCAUUGCAAUGCACAGUUUCUAUCACACCGCCUCCUUUAUGGAGGCGUUAACACGGUGUGUGAAUUUCUUGGGCGACGCGGACUCGACAGGUGCAAUUUGCGGCCAGAUGGCAGGGGCGUUCUACGGUCUUUCCGCCAUCGAUGCACGACUUGUUAGUCGCUUGCGACGCUGGGAUUGCGACGAGGUCGCCCUGCGUGGUGCUUUGCUUCAUGUCCUCGGCGCUUCUUGCCGAGACUUGUCGCAUACACUGUGCAAGCCGGUCAAUGCUAUGCAAGCUCUCCUGACGACCUCGAAGUCUUCAGUCACAACGGCGUCAACCAAAACGGAUUCGGCCAGCACGGAAGGUGAGGCUCAAAGCCCGCCGCCGCCGACAGCUCAACAGGUGCUUGCCGGAACAAUGCGGCAUGCCGUGGUUCAGUGUUAUGCAAAUCGUGACAUCGCCAAGCUUGUAAAGGAAGCUGGGCUUCACAUCGCUUUGGAUGAGCGUGCGCAUUUUGGAACCACCUACACACUGGUGUGCACCAAAACGCCUCUGUCAAAGGAGGAUGGUACGGAAUGA